UUAGCCCACCGUUGUAAAUCCGCUCCAAUUGACUCUACCAACCCACCCGUGCUCUCUCCUGCCGUGCUCGUCGACAGCAAUCAGAACUCGGAAGCCGACCGGGAAGUCGCCGCGCCGCCAUCGUGCUCGCCGCCGGUCGCCGUCUCGGAGGAGGAAAAAAGAAAGGAAAAACUGCAGCGAUGGUACAGAUUAAGGAACUUGGCGAGGGCAGCAGCCAUGCUGGGCAAGUUGUUAUAAGAGGGCUGCCUAGCGAAUUGUCAUAUGCUGACCUAGCAGACUAUUUCAUUAAAUAUGGAAAGAUAGUUGAUUUGAUUAUUAUCAGGGCCAAGGGCACAGCCCAGGCAGGGGAUUCUGCUAAAAUUACUUAUGCCGAUGCUGCCAUUUCUGAUAAAAUAAUCAAGUGCAGGCAUAUUAUCAAAGGAAAACAUGUUGUAGUUGAUAGAACAUUAAUGGAAGACACCAUUCAGUAUAAGGACAAGAAGACAAACCGGAGGAUAACUCUGGAUGGCCUUCCCUGGACAGUGUCCAAUGAUGAUAUUGUGCACUUCUUCUCUCCAUAUGGAACAGUAGUUGACCAUCAGAUCACUCAGAAGGAUGAAAAUAAACUUUCUGAAGGAUCAGGGUUUGUGCUCUUCAGUUCUGAGCUAGCUGUAAUUAAAAUUCUCUCAAAUGGCAACACUGUUAAUCUUGGUGGUGAAAAGGUGUCUAUUAAUAGAUCAGGUGCUUUUGUUAUCGCAGCAACUGGACACCAUAUAAAACACCCCUUUCUCCUUCCUAGUGAGAUAUUUUCUAGUCUCUUCCCUCAUCAAAAGGAUGGGCUUGAAUGGCUCUGGAGGCUCCACUGUGAAAAAUCCGGUGGGGGAAUUCUUGCGGAUGAUAUGGGCCUAGGCAAAACCCGCCAGGCUUCAGCCUUUCUAGCUGGCCUUUUUUAUUCCGAUUUGACACAAAGGGUAUUGAUUGUUGCCCCGGGCACAAUCUUGCAUCAGUGGAUUGCUGAAUUAACAAAAGUUGGUUUUAAUGAAGAUCUUAUACAUAGCUUCUGGUGUGCCAAGACAAGGCAUGAUUCUCUAGCGCAGGUGCUAAAGGAAGGUGGUGUUCUGCUUAUUACGUAUGAUCUGGUGAGGUUGUAUAAUGAAGAACUAAACGGCAUGAGCAGUAAAAGCUCAAAGAUGAGAAGAGCUUGUCCUUCAUGGGACUAUGUGAUUCUUGAUGAGGGUCACGUGCUGAAGAACCCAAAUACGAAAAAUGCUGCUGCGCUGAAAAGCUUAUCUCGUGGGCAAACAGUUGUCCUCACAGGAACACCGGUUCAAAAUAACCUUUCGGAAUUUCAUUCACUAAUGAGUCUUUGCUGUCCUACUGUCUUGGGCUCUCUUGCUGCUUUUGAAAGAGACUUCUGUAAACCAAUUGACAUGGGAAAUGUGCUUGAGGCAACAACUGAAGUAGUAAUGAUAUCUUCUAAAAAGGCCAUGGAGUUCCGCAAAAUGGUGCGACCUUAUUUUCUUAGGCGCACCAAGGAAAGUAUUGAAAGCCUUUUACCUAAUAAAGCUGAUCUUGUCAUCUGGCUGAAGCUAACGCCAUAUCAGAUAUAAUUAUAUGAAACAUUUAUGAAGAGCAAUUUGAUUGAUAAGACAGUGAAGGGAUCAACAUUUGUUGCAACAAUGCUGCUCCAAAAGAUAUGCAACCAUCCUCAGAACUUGACAGCUGUAGAUUCCUGUGAGGAACAAUUAGCGUUGAAAGAAAACAGGACGUUACAGGGCAUUGUCAAAAAACUUGAAGCUUUGAUUGCAAAGAAUACCACAAAGACAUCAAAUUGUCUCAAGUCAUGCAAGCUUACAUUUAUACUGCAAUUGUUGGAAAAACUUAAGGAAGAAGGGCACAAGGUGCUAAUUUUCUCACAGACGCGCCUAAUGCUUGAUGAAAUAGAGGAGGCACUAACCAACAAGGGAGUACAUUUUGCUCGUAUGGAUGGGACUGUUACAGCUUCUAAAAGAGAAGCUAUUAUUAAGGGCUUUCAAAGUAAAGAUGGGCCUCCCAUAUUUUUAAUGACCACAAAAGUGGGUGGUAUAGGUCUAAAUUUAACUAAUGCUUCCAGAGUUAUCAUCGCUGAUCCAUCUUGGAAUCCGAGCCUGGAUAAUCAAUGCGUUGAUAGAGUGUACAGAAUUGGACAGGAGAAGAAUGUCAUCAUCUAUAGGCUUAUAACCUCGUGUACUAUUGAGGAAAGAAUAUAUGAAAAACAGGUAUCCAAAGAAGGGAUUUUCAAAGCUGCAACAGAAGAACGUGAUUUCAGGCGCUACAUCAACAAACUGGGUUACAAAGAAUUUUUAAAACUUCCUGAGAUGGGUUUCGGAACAUCCUUAUUACAGAAAAGGCUUGAGAUAGAGACCAUGACAGAUAACAUUAGGGCAACAUUGAAGAGUCAUUUGAUAUUUUUGAGACAGCAAGGUAUAGUAGGCGUAUCAGUUCACAACACAUUGUUUGAGAAAACAAUUAAUCUUCCUCCUCAAAAGAUUGAUAUGAAGUAUCUUCCUCCUCAAAAGAUUGAUAUGGGUGAUGAAAAUAGAAGUACGGUUGGGCAUUCAAGAUCUCAGCACCGCCGAUCGCUUUCAGAUAGUUGCAUAGAUUGGUCUGAGUUAGCAGUGAAUCCAAAAGCAAAACCUGUUAGAAAUACAUCAUUCAGAGUUGAAAAAGUUGAAGUAGACCGGACUGUGAAAAUUGAAGCUAAAAGGGCUGAGCUAGAAUGCAAGACUAAGUUGUAUGAACAUAUCAAGGAAGCAGCUCAUGACUCUGGAGCCAAUGUUCUUCGACAAAUGAAGGCUAUUGAAAAAGAGAUUUCUGAACUAACAUCACAAGAAGAGAUAGAAGAAAAGAAAAGGAAAGGGGGUUAGCGAUGGUCAAACUGCUGAAGAACUCGCGCCAAGUGAAAUCUGCCAGUAGACAUUUAUUGUUGUCUUCCUUUUGCUUUUUUUUGGGGUUCAGGUUUGUAUUGCUGUAGAAGCUGGCGAUGAUGUAGAAUUUGUGCCAGUAGAAAUUGGUGCUCCAGGAUGCAAACAACAAAGUUCAUUGGUCGAUUGACUUUUUACUCUCUGUGUCUGUGUCUCAGUUUGCUUUUUGGUUAAGUUCAAUGGAGAUCGAACAUGGUACUGAAAA